CUCGCAUCACACCAACUCGCUAGUCGUGAUUGCCGAGCAGCGUUCAGCGCGCAAGCAGUUGGCAAAACUCAGCGACGGAGAUAGCGCUCGCGUUAUUUGCAGCGAGCACGCGGGCGGACCUGCACUCGAACUAUCCGCAGUAUUGCCGCUGGAUCCGGUGCAACCGCAGGUACCUGCGUUUUUCCACUGGCUUUUCAUUGUUUUCCACGAGAGAGGUGCCGGGAGCAGGCGCGCCAAGAUGAACGUGUCGCCGUAUCUGUUGGCCGUCCAGGCGCUGGCGGGAGCGAGCGCAGGCGAGAAGCGCAGGGCGCUGCACUCGAUCGCCAUGAAAAUCAUCGACAGCGCGGAGGAGAGCGAGCGAUUCGCGCGGACCGGCGAGACCAGCUUGGCGUCUGCCGCUCUCCACGAGACUCUGCGCAUCCUCGUGGGUUCGAAGCUCAGAUCCAAGGAGGCCGUGUUCGCGGCCCUCAAAUCCGACGACGCGACCGUCGUGAAAAUGGCUCUGCGGGCAAAGUGGUUCUUCCACCGGUCCAACGACCAGCUGGACGCGCAGGACUUCGCGGAGAACGUGCUGCCCUUCAUCUCUGUGCGUACUCGCCUUGAUCUGAUCAAGACGUUGAGCAAAUGCCUGGACACCGUGCGAGCCGAGCACUUCCACGCCGUGUUUGUCGAGCAAUUGGGCAUCCAGCAGGCGAGGCCGCUGCUGAUCGCCUGUAGUGAGGGAUACACGUACGAAAUGAUCAAAAACACGGUUCCCCCCUACAGAAUGCUCAGGGACAUGUACCGCAUAAAUCCCGACACGGUCAUCCGCUACAUAAGUGAGCUUAUCAAGAGUGAGGAAACUGAAGAGAUUGCCAAGCGGAUCAGUAUUAUCUUUGAUUUCAUGCCGUUACUCCUGAAGAAGCACGUCUCGUUCUACGUGCAGCUUUUCCUCGAGAAGAAAGGUUACCUAGAUGGUCUAUUACGACUUGGCAGCAGGCAAGCCAAGUACUUGUUACGAGACGAUGCGUUCAUCAAAUACCCAGAUAUCUUUGUCCCGGCGGUACGCUGGAGAAGUGAGCUGAAGAGAAAGCUCGGCUUGGAGCGAUUCAGAACGAUGAUAAUCAAUCUACUGCGGAUCAAUGUCGGAUCGAAAUCGAUCAAAUGCCCCUGCCUCAGCGUUUCCGUAAUCCCACAAAUUCUGAUAUACUUCCCGUCGGAAGAGGGCUUGAAGUUGUACCGGGAGAUUUUCCAGGCACAUUAUGGUGUAGACGUUUUAACGAAGCUCUCAAUACGUGACAUCGAAUCGAUAUUCAAAUGGUUACCGAUCAAAGAGAAAGAAUCGUUAGCGCGAGAAAACAAGAUAGUCGGAGUAUAUCAACUGCCACCGGAAAAGGCGAUACCCCAGCUGAAGGAUGAAAUCAAAAAGAAAGUACGUUAUACGAGAGACCUAUGCCUCAAAUUCAUGGUGAAGUCGUGCAGUUUGUACAAGAGGAAGAAGGACCUGCUGGGGGUUCUCCGGUACUACAAUAAGCGCCACAAGAACGAGCAAGCUCCAGUUCUAAUGUUAUUCUUGACAAUGCUGACCAAAUCCUUCGACAACAUGAAAUCCCUCGACCGCGAACACUGGCAGGUCAUCGAGGAAAUCUUACGGAAUGCUUACGUCAAGGACUCUCUCGUUUUCACCGAUACCAAGUUGGCGGAAACGCUGUUCAACAAGCUCUUUGAGCUCUACCUUCUGAAGCAGGCCACCUUGGACACACUGAACGACAGCCAAAAGACCUUUCUCGAUAUAGUCGUCGACGUAACGCUCAGUAACUUCCUCAAACACAACAACAAGUGGAACUUCAUCCCGAAAGCGACGGCGCUCAGAAAAGUUUGCCUGGAGAUAUUCCUGGCGGCGGUGCCGCAAAAAUAUCCCGAAACCGACCACUUAUAGGAUAUCCACGAUAACAAGCUCACAUUGACGGUUUAUUUCGUCACAGAGCUGAGCAAAGUCAACGACGUGUACUUGUGCGCUUCCCCGGAUUCCGGAUUGAAACCAACCAAGCUGUCCAUACAAAAUUAUCCGUGGUUAGCGAAAUUCGCGAAGGAUUUGACGCCCAGCAAUAGGCUUACUACCAAUGGAUUGAACCACAACGUAAGUAAGUGUAAAUAUCAACGACGGUUCUACUUGUCCUUCAGGACAGUUCUCCGCAGAUCAAGCCCAGAGUUCUAUCGAAACAUGAUCGACGAGUGUCCUGAUCUGAUUUACGACGUAACUACGGACGACGCGCUGAAUAUUCUGAAGCAAGAUCGAAACAAAAUUAUGUCAAAAGUUCAAAGAUAUAUAGACGACUGUAAAAUGUUACUGGUGAAAUAUAAGAAAAGAAAUGUGUUACGCUUUGUAAGGUCGCUCAAAUGGUACCAGGAUCUACCUUUGAAGUUCGUUGAGUCCUUGGAGAAUAUCAAGAAUAAAGAUAACGUUAUGAUUUUGGGGAAUCUACUGGAUGGCAUGACUUUGAGCAAGAUCGUCGAGGCAUAUUUACCUGAACAGGCCAAAAUCAAUGCCAGUGAUGUGACGGCCGAUGCGAAGGAGGAGUAUGAAUUCCUUUCCUCGCUGCCUCUUGCUUUGAACUUUAGCAACCCGCCACCAUCUUUGAACAAAAUGCUUCCUUUGUUAAGGGGUGACUACUUGUCAAUGGCUUUGAAAACAAUUAGUAGUAUUGCUCAACGCUUGCCAAUCGAUAGAGUUCGUCAUUUCGUGGAUAGUGACCCGAGCAAAGCCAUCUCCGUAAGGAAAGCAUUAUUUCGAUUUAAGUUCCAGGUAAGCCAGAAAACACAGAUACAUCAAUAUAUAACCAAGACCUGGAAGGAGGAAGAAAAUCCUGGCAUUCGCGAAACCAUUGCGAAGGUGAUUUACGAGGAAUUCAUGCGGAACCCUAAUCAGAAUAGCUGGACGACAAUGAAGCUACUUAUAAAUAACCUUGAGUCCGACGAUGUCACUAUUUUUAAUAUUCUUAAAAAUUUGAAUGACAUAAAACCGUCGUAUAAACUUCAAUAUAUAUACGAGAUUCUUAAGAAAAUCGAUAACUUCUGCGGUAUCGAUAAACAAAAACAACAACUUAAACUUGAAUUUAUAAAUGAAAUUACCGAAAAGAACUUGUUCAGUCAGUUGCCAGAAUGUGUGACCACUGAUAUCAUCACAAACUGCCUGUUGGAUUGUAAGCUGGAAUUGAUAUUUGAGAGAUACCUUUUUAUCGACGUAGAAAUGUUCGAAGACAGAUUGAAAAUACUUAUGAAAAUUAUAUCUGAACAUAGGGAUACAAACCAUGUUGACUAUUAUAACAAUCACUUGUGUAAAGCAUAUUACUUAUUAGACCACAAUAAAGUAUUCCAUCAUUUGUUGUCUAAUACAAACAAAAACAUGACUCAGCGCUUCAUUUCGAGUUUCCUCGAAAUCGCUUCAAUGCGAAAAGCACUAACCUGUUAUGUAAACUUAAAUCUUUAUCAGAAUUUCUUCAACAUGUACUGUGGAUGUGAAUGUGAAUUUGGUCAAAAAUGCGGCAAAAAUAUCGACAACCUCAUUGAAACUUAUGGAAGUGACUUGUUUCUUCCGUAUUAUAGCAAAUGCUUAACGAAGAUCAUAUUAGAAGUUUUUCCAGAAUCAUUCUUCAAGGUAAUCAAUGUAUUGAUGGAGUAUCGAACACGCUAUGGUCUGUGUAUAGUUUUACAAUAUGUAACAAUGUAUGAUUGUUCAAAAAUAUUAUGCAAGAAGGGUUUGAUGAAAAUAAUUGAUCAGAAUAGCGGCGAUAUCAUGGUUGAAUCUUUAGCGAGCGAAAUCUUAAACACUUCCACCAAGAUCAAUAGCAACUCUCCAUGCCUAUGCUGCUGAAUACUUUGAGGUAAUUUUUAAGAUAAGCUGUACUCUGUUACUGUGUAUUGAAUACACGGUAAUAAUACAUGAAUGUUUUUUUUCUAUUUUAUCAAAUCAAUAAAUAUAUUUUACUCAAU